AUGAAAGCAGCGCAGGACAUCGCCAAGCAGAUUCGCAUCCGUUAUGAAACGAUAAAUACCGACGAAUUGGAAACCGAGGACUAUGCGAGCAACCCGACCAAUCGCUGCUAUUUCUGUAAAACCGAGCUCUUUGAACAGAUUCGCCCGAUUGCCGAGCAAUAUAAGAUUGGCACAACCGUCUACGGCGCAAUUCCCGACGAUGUGGGGGAUCAUCGUCCCGGUAUGGAUGCUGCCAAGCAGAUGGGUAUUCAGGCACCGCUCAUAGACGUGAAUCUUACGAAGGCGGAGAUCCGUGAAGUUUCAAAGCGUUGGGGGCUACCAACGUGGGACAAACCAGCCUUUGCGUGCCUUUCCUCCCGUUUUCCCUACGGCACACGGAUUACCCGCGAAAACCUACGCCUCGUUGAUCGGGCGGAACAAUUUUUGUUCGAUUUGGGGAUUCGCCAAUUCCGUGUACGCCAUCAUGAUACGCUCGCACGCAUUGAGGUCGAUCCGCAAGAGAUUGAGUUCGUCGCUGCCAAAUCUACCCGCAGCCAGAUUAAGGAAAAAUUCAAAUCGCUUGGAUAUGAGCAUGUUGCUCUUGAUCUGCAAGGGUAUAGAUCUGGGAGUUUGAAUGAAGGGUUGCUGAGUGUUUCAAAAUUGACUGCCCAUUAG